UGCUGCGGUGGCUAACCGGACAGCAGGAACCUGGGGAGAAUAGAGGAGGUUAGGGAUAAAAAGCUGGUUGGCUGGCCCGAGGGGCGGGUUUAGGGGCAGCGGAAGCUCCUCCCCUGCCCCCACGCGCUCGCUCUCCCGCCAACCCGGACGAGAUAGCUCGGGCGAGAAAGAGACCCUCCCCGCUCCGCCCCGGACAGAUUAAGGAGACUGAAGGAUAGGCCGGGCUUCCCGCCGCGCAGGCGCAUUGGCGAGAAUCUGAGCCUCGGCCCCCAGGCGCCCACUCCCUUCCUCCCUGUGGUCCGUCCCCACGUAGUGUCGCUUUUCCGGAAAAGAAGAUUGGCAAGCCCCUCCUCUAGAGCCGCACGCGCGCACCCUCCCACUCCGCGAGCCCUGAGGUCCUAGGAAGUUCUAGUAUGGGCUUGUGCGCGUAGGGGCUGAAAGAGUAGAGGGCGGGGGCGUGCGCUGCAGCCUUUAGGCGAAAGUUAAUCAGCAGCUAUGCUCGCUGCUGGGCCACAUGAAAGGGCGGCGCGGUCUCUUGGGAGAGGAGUCGGGCUUGCCCCUCCCCCGCGUCCUUGGCUCCUCCCUCCUGCCCGUGUGAUCCUUCUCCCGCUUGUCUAGUGAAACAGCCGCCUCGGGCUCGGGUGGAGUUGGCGCGAGAGGGACCGGCUGGAGCUCGGGUGGGAGGGGGCCCGGGGGAGCCACGCGCCGCGGGCGAGCGAGAGCCACGUGCCACCGCAGCAGCGAAGGAAGCCCAGGAAGCGAGGGAAGCGCCCGAAGGCGAAGGAAGCGCGCCUGGCGGGAGGAGGGGCAGCGGGUUCACGCGGGGCCGCGGCCCCUUCCACGUCCACGUGCUUUUUGGCGGUGCUAUGGAUCUGGCUGAGAGCGGUAUCUUCGAGGAGUGCGGUGUGUUUGGCUGCAUUGCCUCGGGAGAGUGGCCCACGGAACUGGAUGUGCCCCAUGUGAUCACCUUGGGGCUCGUGGGACUUCAGCACCGGGGUCAGGAGAGUGCUGGGAUUGUGACAAGUGAUGGAUAUGGUUUAAUGCCAACAAUUCGAACCCAUAAGGGACUGGGUCUUAUAAACCAUAUAUUUACUGAAGAUAAUUUGAAGAAGCUAUAUGUUUCAAACCUUGGAAUUGGUCACACAAGGUACGCCACCACAGGAAGCUGCGAAUUAGAGAAUUGUCAGCCCUUUGUUGUUGAAACACUCCACGGGAAGAUUGCUGUGGCACAUAAUGGUGAAUUAAUAAACUCUGUCUAUCUGAGGAAAAAGCUUCUGCGUCAUGGUGUUGGACUGUCAACAGGUUCUGACAGUGAAAUGAUUACCCAGUUGCUUGCAUAUACACCUCCACAUGAAAGAGAUGACAGCCCUGACUGGGUAGCAAGGAUUAAAAAUUUAAUGAAGGAAGCCCCUACAUCAUACUCGUUACUUAUUAUGCACAGAGAUGUUAUUUAUGCAGUAAGAGAUCCUUAUGGAAACCGUCCCCUCUGUAUUGGACGUCUUAUUCCUGUAUCUGAUAUAAAUGGAAAAGGUAAAAUCCUUGGAUUAAAGAAAUUAUCUACAAUUGAAAAAGAAAUCCCGAAUGGUUACCUUGAAGUGCCAAAAGGAAGAAAUAAUUCUGAAACUGAGGGAUGGGUAGUAUCAUCUGAAUCCUGCAGUUUUUUAUCUAUUGGUGCAGUGUAUUAUCGUGAAGUUUUGCCAGGAGAAAUUGUGAAAAUAUCCAGACAGAAUGUUCAGACUCUUGAUACUGUACCACGGCCUGGAGGAGAUCCAGUGGCUUUCUGUAUCUUUGAAUAUGUUUAUUUUGCAAGACCGGAUAGUAUAUUUGAAGGUCAGAUGGUAUACACAGUUCGAUAUCGUUGUGGUCAGCAGCUGGCAAUUGAAGCCCCUGUGGAUGCAGACUUGGUUAGCACUGUUCCUGAAUCAGCCACACCAGCAGCACUUGGUUAUGCAGCAAAGUGUGGUCUUCCAUAUGUAGAAGUACUUUGUAAAAAUCGAUACGUAGGAAGAACCUUCAUUCAGCCAAAUAUGAGAUUAAGGCAGCUAGGUGUGGCAAAAAAAUUUGGAGUCCUUUCUGAUAAUUUUAAAGGAAAACGGAUUGUUCUAAUAGAUGAUUCCAUUGUAAGAGGCAAUACCAUUUCACCCAUAAUUAAGUUGCUCAAAGAAUCUGGAGCAAAAGAGGUUCACAUUCGAGUAGCUUCACCACCAAUAAGAUACCCAUGCUACAUGGGAAUAAAUAUUCCUACAAAAGAAGAGCUUAUUGCCAACAGACCUGAAUUUGAUGAUCUUGCAAAAUACAUAGGGGCUAACAGUGUUGUAUAUCUGUCUGUGGAAGGUUUAUUAUCAUCUGUACAAGAAGGGAUGAAAUUGAAGAAGCAGAAAAUAGAGAAGCAAGAAAAUAUAAUUCAAGAAAAUGGAAAUGGUCUGAAAUACUUUGAAAAGCAUGGGCAUUGUACAGCUUGUCUCACUGGAGACUACCCUGUAGAGUUGCAAUGGUGAAUGUGUUAUGGGGUAGUGGGUGGGAAGAGGGAGGUAUAUUUUAUAUGUAUGUAAAAUUGAACUUAAAAAAUCAAGAGUUAUGCCUUAUGAGUGACUGUUACUAAAAGUAGUCUUUAAAACGUCAAA